GCAGGGGUGGCAGAAAAGCAUUGUGCAGGAGCUCAUGCAGUGGGCAGAGGAGUUCGCUGAUGUAAAGGCCCAUCAGUUCCUGGCUGGGCACAAGUACAGCCCUGCUGAAGUCUUCAUCGGCUACCACUCUGACGCCUGUGCCUCUGUGGUGCUGCAGGCCAUGGAGAGGCAGGGCCCCAGGGACCUGACACAGGAGCUGUAUCACAGAGUAUCUGAGGAGGCCAAGCUGAUCCUGCUGGACUGUGCCACACCAGAUGCCGUGGUGCGGCUGAGGACCUCCACGCUGGGCUCAUUUGCUGCACAAACACUGUCCCAGGAAUACUGGAACAAGCAGCAGCACCACUCCUUUGCAGAUUUCCUCCAGGUCCAACUUAGCAAUGCAGACUCAGAGCGCCAUGCCAUCUUCACAGAGAUCACCACCUUCUCCAGACUGCUGACGAACUGUGACUGUGAAGCCCUAGGGGAAGAGGUGAAGGGCUUGGCCCCUAAGCCUGUGAUCCUGUCACUGCAGCAGUUUGACACUGAGUACUCAUUCCUCAAGGAAGUCCGAAGCAGCUUAAUGAAGACAGCCAGACGUAAAAUCCUCAUUGUCCAGAUGGAUUUUGACGAUGGCGCUCACAGUACUCAGCUCAUUGCAUCAGCUAAGUAUUCUGCUAUCAAUGAAAUCAACAAAAUACAAGGAACUCAGGGCUGUGUCUUUGUCUAUUUCAUCAUAAAACUGUCCCGGAUGGGGAGCGGAGCAUCCUAUGUGGGAUUCCAUGGAGGGCUGUGGAAGUCUGUGCACAUUGAUGAACUCCGGAGGUCCACAGUCAUGGCCUCUGAUGUGACUAAGCUGCAGAGCGUCACCAUCAGCCAGCUGUUCAUGCCAGGAGGCAGCCUAAAGCCGAAAGGAAACCAGGACAAGGUGAUGGAGGCAGAGAUCAGCAAGUCAGGGGAGGUGGCAGAAAUGGAAAUGGAAGAGGUAGGUCCCAAGGAGAUGGAAUGGGAGGCCGUGGACCUGAGGGGCAGUGAUGCACAGGUCCUGGACACCACCAGACUGCUGAGGAGCUGUGUGCAAAGUGCCGUGGGGAUGCUCAGGGACCAGGAGAGCUGCCCGCGCAACAUGAGGAGAGUCACCAUCCUCCUCAGCCUCUUGAAUGGGGACAGUGUGUGCAGUGCCUCGUUCUUGCGGGUAUCUAAGAUGCGCCUCUCCUUCCUUCUAAAGAAGCAAGAAGAGAACCAGCUCUGCAGUCUGAAGGAGUGGGUGGGGCGAGAGGCUGCGAACCAGGAUGCACUCCAGGAGUCCGGCACCUUCAGGCACACCCUUUGGAAGAGGAUCCAAGGCACAGUCACCCCUCUGCUGGCCAGCAUGAUCUCUCUCAUCGACAGAGAUGGCAACCUUGAGCUUCUGAUCAGACCAGACUCACCAGCCUGGGCCCAGGACCUGUGGAUAUUUAUUUUCAGUGACACUAAAUUGCUGAACAUUCCACUUGUGAUGAAUCACAUAAGAUCCGAGAGUAAGAUAUCCUCCAUUGUGGUGCAGAACCAUAUGAGCAUUCCCGAGGGUGCUUGCAACAGAGUCCCCUUCAGCUGGAGAAUCAGGGACUAUCUGGAAGAGCUCUGGGUCCAGGCUCAGUACAUCACGGAUGCAAAAGGACGGUCAGAGAAGUUAGUGGAAAUCUUCCAGCAGACUCCCCUGGGCAUGUUUCUUGCCCAGCUCGCUGGAGAGCAGCAGCAGGAGCUGGUUCAGUGCUACUUGAGGGACUUCCUUCUCUUGACCAUGAGAGUGUCCACCUGGGAGGAGCUGAAGUUUCUGCAGAUGGCUCUGUGGUCCUGUGUCUGUGAGCUGCGAGCAGCCUCAGGGAGGCCUGAAGAUGGGCUCUACCUGCCGUGGGUGCACCUGGCCUAUCAGCAUUUCAGGACCCGGCUGCACAACUUCUCCAGAAUCUUGACCAUCCACCCGCAGGUUCUGCAGAGCCUCACUGAAGCUGUACAGAAGCAGGACAUGGCUGGCAGUGAGAUGACACUAGAUGUGGUGACUGCAAUGGCCUGUGCUGAAAUGCUGACAAGAGAUGCCCUGAAGCCGAGUCCCCAGGCCUGGCUGCAGCUGGUGAAGAAGCUGUCCAUACCACUGGAGCUUGUCUGCUCCGACGGGUACUUGCGAGGCAGUGGGAGCACAGCCAGAGCUGUCACUGCAGAGGUCAGAACCCAGUGGAGUCGUGUUUUCCCCAUUGCACUAUUUGUGGAGCACAUACUCCUGGGGACCAAGAGCCAGAUUCCUGAGCUGUGCCAGCUGGUGACCAAGUACAUCUUCUCACUAGACAAGUGUCUUCAAGAGAACUCUGACCUCAAGACCCACAGGCCCUUUGUGGCUGUGAUGACCAUUCUCUGUGAGUGCAAGGAGCAAGCCAGCAAGAGCCUAGCCAGGGUGGCCAUUGGGAAACAUGCCCAGUUCCGGCAGAUGUGCAACAGUUUCUUCAUGGACCUGGUUUCUACCAUGUGCUUCAAAGACAGUAGCGCUCCACAGAAGAGUGUGAUUGAUGAGCUGCUGUCUCUACUCUUCGAGCAGAAGGAGCUCUUCAGAGAUGCUCCCCAACGAUACCAGGAACACACCAAGUCUCUCUCGCCAUUUGAAGAUGCUGUGGAUAAAACUCCUGUCAUCCGCUCUGUGGUGCUGAAGCUGCUCCUGAAGUACAGCUUCCAUGCAGUGAAGGAUUACAUCCAGGCCUACUUGUCCCUGUUAGAUAAGAAGGAGUUCAUCACUGAAGAUAAGACCGAAGUCUACAUGCUCUUCAUCAACUGCCUGGAAGAUUCAAUUCAGGAGAAGACCAGUGCUUACUGCACAAGGAGUGAACUCGACUGCCUGAGGGAAGAAGGCCGUUUCCUACAGACCUGCUCCUCAGGGAGACAAGGCCAAGGACCUGCCACUGCCGCAUCUGUAGAGUACCUGCAGGAGGUGGCCAGGACCCGCCUGUGUCUUGACAGGGCUUCUGACCUCCUCUUGGAGUUUCAGGAGGGAUCAGAGCUGGCUGAGGAACAGCAGGGCUACCUGCGGCAUGUCCAGCAGUUCUGCACCCAGGCAGGGAACGAUUGGCACCGCGUGUACCUGGUCCGGAGGCUCGCGAGCCUGCGAGGGAUGGAAUUUGUGCAGAGCCUCUCCAGGGAGGGCCAUAGGUGCCAGUGGGUGUUUCCCAAGGGAGUCAUUGCACAGCAGAAGGACCACACGGGCCAGAUGGACCAAUACCUGGUGCAUGGGGAUGAGUACAAGGCACUUCGUGAUGCAGUGGGCAAAGCCAUGCUCGAGUGCAAGGCCCCCAGCCUCGAGGCUGCUCUGAUGGCCUGCAGGAGCCCCAGAGCUCAACAGGCUGUCUACCUGCUGCUGGUGCUGUUCCGAGAAGUGGCUGCUCUCCACUGUUCUCACAAUGCAGACCUCCACCCUAAGCCAGAGCAAUGUGAGGCUGUGAACAGGUUCGUUGAGGACAGCAGGAUCUUGUCUCCUCCGGGGGUCAGGCCUUUCGCAGCAUCCCUCGUGGCCAACACUCUGCCCUUGCUGAGCGCGGGCCCUGGUGGCGACAGCCUUGAAGGAACAGUGACAGAAAUGGCUGUUCACACUGCGGCUGUCCUUCUGUGUGGACAGAGCAAAGUCUUGGUGCCCCUGAGGAAUUUGGCCUUCUCCCCAGCCAGCAUGGUGAAAGCUUUUCUUCCAACGAUGCCUGAAGACCUGCUGGCUCAAGCCCAGAAAUGGAAGGGUCUGGAAGGCGUCCACUGGUAUAUUUGUCCCAAUGGUCAUCCGUGUUCUGUAGGAGAGUGUGGCAGGCCGAUGGAGCAGAGCUUUUGUGUUGACUGUGGUGCUGUAAUUGGAGGUGUGGACCACAAACCUCACACAGGCUUCACAGACAUCAAGCUGUGAUAAACAUCAUCAAGCCUCCAGUGAGUGACCCUAAAGGAUUCUUGCAGCAGCACAUCCAGAGAGACUUGGAGCAGUUGACAAAGACGCUGGGGAAGAGUGCUGACGAGACCACCCAUGUGGUCCACCUCAUGC